AUGGCUGACAAUGACAGAUUUCAGACAGUAACCUCUAAGAAAUACUAUAGUGGUGGCAGAGGUAGCUACAGUUUACUGGCAGAAUGCUUGGUCAAUACUUGCACCCCUAAUCUCUUUGUUGUUCUAGAGGGUCUUACAGGCUUGGUCUGUAAUAAUUGUACAGAGAUUAAGAGUAAGCUUAGAGAUUUGGGUGAUGAUCUUAUUCUAGCAUCUACUACUUACCAAGUCAUGGUUCUGCUUGAGGCAAUUGCAAGUUUGUCUGUCUCUCAGAGGGAGAGGGAGAUUGUAUACAUAGUAUUCAAAAUUACUCCAAUCAUAGAUCAUCUGGACAGUCUGUUUGGAUUGCUGAGGAACAUCUGUAAACAUAUUGUCUCUAAAGGCCAACUGUACAAUAUGACUCUAGAGGAGACAGACACUAAGGAUUUUUUGGUAGGGCAUAUCUAUCAACUCUGCUAUACAUUCUCAUGUGAGCAUUUGAAGAAACAUAUGGACAAGUUAAGAGCCAGGAAGAUGCUUGUGGCUAUCUGGAAUCUAAUUGCUUUCCUGAAGAACUAUAGUCUUUCUGAGAAUCAGCUUCAGUUUCUGAAGGGUCUGAAUGAUCUAUUUUGCAAAUACAAAGUCUAUGAAAAGGGCUACAAUGACCCACAGAUGCUAGACAACCUUUUUGAACUAGCUGGCAGUACAGAUUCUGAUAGAAAAAUGUAUCAACAGAUGCUAGAUAAGAUGCUGACAUUAGACUCAAGCAUUGAACACCUUCUGCUUCUGCCUUUGUCAGGCUCAUUUGGAAGGAUACUCAAUGAAGGUGUUACUCUCAAAUUCUGGCCUGUUCUACAGGUUACUACAAACCUGAAUUACAACUUCAAAACAGACUACAAGCUUCAAAAGUUGAUGAGUAAUAGGAAACUAAUACAGUUUUCAGACUUUGUUGUAAAGAUAAAGACACUCAAGUUAAAGCCAAGUAACCUGCCUGUCAUAAGCAAGAGCAAUCCUUGUAUUAAUGUCCAUACAGAGUGUGUCAUAGUCUCACAUAUUGAUCAGUUAGAGGGUAUGUGUAUGUUUGGUUUUAUAUGCCCUUCAAAGUUAUGUUGCCUUGAGUGUGCUAUGGUUGUCAAAAUGCACAACUCACUUGAAGGGGUUCCUGACUCAAAGAAGGUUUAUGUACAAGGUAUACAUUUCAAACAAUAUAUGUGGGUAGCACCACUAGUUGGUAUGCCUUGUCAGGACAAACUGUUGUCUCUCAUAGAGGCAGAGAUGAAGAAUGUCUUCUAUAACCUCUGUCCUCAUACAAAACAGUGUAGGACUUCUGAGAGCAGCACUGUGUCACUCUCUGAUUAUAAGGUUAAAAAGAAUUGGGACAUUAUCAUUAACAAAAUUAAGAAACUGUAA